AUGUCCCGCCCGCCCAACUCGCGUUCAUCGCACGGCCGCUCGCCCUCUGUCGAAGGCGAGAUCCGCCGCGCCUCAGUCCACUCUCUCAACCUCAGCUAUGCCUACGGCGCUCCCGCCUCGCCGCGCGUAGGCGCCUCGUCGUCCGCUCGUAUGCAGGCUUCUCCGCCUCGACGAGCGAGGAGCUCAACCGGCGCCGUGGAGGAGGAGGAAGAGGGCGAGCAGGAGGACCAGGGAGCGGCUCCGGGACCAGCCGACUCGGGUCGAGCUGCUGAGCCUGCUGCAGUCCGGUACGCACGACUCGCGCAGAGGAAGAAGGACACGGGAGGGAACGCCUAUCCGCCUCCGCCGCCUGUCGCGUACGGCGGGUUGCAGAACACGAGCGUCAAUAUUGCCAACGCUUUCAAGGCGGCGACGAGCGGGCUCGGUGGGGUUGUGACCGGCGGGAGGAGGGAGGACUUCCCGCCGUUGAAUGGGAGAGAAGAGAAUGGUGAGGGCGAGGCGGAAGAAGCGGGAGAGGAGCAGGAUCUGCCGCAGCCGGCCAAGGCGCCCGCCAGCGCAGGCAAGAAGCGCAAGAAACACGCGCCGAAAGACCCGACUUAUCGUCACCAGGCGGGCCAGACGUCAAGUAGCGAGGAGUCCGAGUUCGACCAGCGCGCGAAGGGCAAGAAGCGCACGAAGGUGCACUCGGAAGAAGAUGAUCUCGCUGACGACCCUCGUUCUGCCAACAAGCCUCGCCGCCGCUCACAAAAGCCCGCCGACCCGUCCUACAACCCGACGAAGGACCCCUCAUACCAUGCCGGCGACACUUCGACCGCUGAUUCGGACAAUGGCGCUGCGACGAAGCGGCGCAAGAGCAAGGGCAAAGGGCGCGCGAGUACUGGCGGUCGCUCUGCGGCUCAGGAGGCCAUCCCGCGCGGUAUCCGAGACGGCGAGAUCUGGUACGGCAAGAAGCGGAAGGGCAAGCGGGGUUCGAGAAGGUCGACUGCAGGUGCGGAGGGUGACGAGCAGGAAGACGACGAGGAGGAGGACGAAGAGGAUGAUCUGGAGUACGAGGGGCAAGACCUGGGCGGCAUGGACCCGCAGGAUCACCCCGCCGGCAACGACUAUCUCGACGACGACGAAGCCGACCGCACGACUCCUGCCGCGUCGUAUUUCCUUCGUCUCAGAUCGCCUUCGCCGCAAGCGAACGGCAGCACCUCGACUAGUCAUCAGCAAGCCGCAGCAUCGUCUUCGCGAAUCAAUGGCGCAGGUCCAGUCGAUCCCGCCUUUGCCGCUUUCGACCGCUUGCUCGGCCCCGGUAACGACAGCAACAGUCUCUCAGCCUCUUUCGACGACUCGGUCCUCCGCGGCAGCUCGUACGAUUACAGCGAGGAGGAGCGCAUCGUCCAGGCGCUCGAAGCGCAGAAGAAGCGGCAUUUCGAGGAGGAGCAGCGACGGAGACAGCAGGCGCAGCCCACUCCGCAACAUCAGCGUGCUGCAGCUGCGGCUACUCCCGGCACCAGCGGCGCCACGCCGAUGCCGACCACUGGCGCCUAUCCCCUCACGCCUGGAGCAGCAGGAAGUCCCGUCAGCGCGCUGCGGAAGCGGCGACUGCCCGGCCCGCCGUCGAUGCUGGGUGCUGGUACGCCGCUGGGACCGAUCGACGACGAUGAAGACGAUGUUGCGCGCGCGGAACGGAUGGGCGGCGAGUGGGGAAGAAAGUGCGGAAACGCCUUGCGGCCGCUCGUCGAGCUCGUCGCGCGACUAUGGCGGAAGACGCAGGACCCGCUGCUACACUGGGGCAGGAUCUGGAAGGCGAUCGCUACGACACUUCUCUUGCUUGGGAUCGUCGCUGCGGUACUCCGAUCGAACCGCCUCACCAUGCCGUCUCCCUCUCCCUCUUCAUCCUUUGUUGCUCCCUCCGCGCCGCCAGACUCGUUCGAGGGUCUCGUCGCUCGCCUUUCCGAUCUCGAGUCUGCUAUGAGCCGCCUCUCUUCCGCUUCCGACAACGACCGGCAGCAAUCCUCGGACGAUCGCGAUUACGUUUCACGCUUGUCCGAGCAGCUGGAAUCGCUCGAGGCAACAUUGUCGACUGAGCAGGCCCGCGCGAAGGCUGCUCUCCAGUUGCUCGAGAAAGCCGACGAGUCGCGCAGCUUGGCGGCGGAAAAGGCGGCGCAGGACCUCAAGGGCGACAUCGAGUCUCUCCAAAGCCGUAUCCGCUCAUUGACGACGGAGCAGCAACGCGACUCGGCAGACCUGCGACACCUUCAAACGACGGUCACCGCCGUCUCUCGCGAGGUCGCUGCGCUGGAUCAGCAGAUCGCCAAGGUCGCCAAAGACGUCGCCGCCGCCACCGACGUCGAGCGCAUCACCAAGAUUGCUCUCGACGCGAUCGCCAAGAAGCUGCCAGGCAAGGUUGCGGUCCGCCUCGACGACAGCGGGCGCCUCGAGAUCGACCCGGCGUUCUGGCGUGUGCUCAAGGACGCGUUCGUUGACAAGCGAGCGGUUGAGCGGACCGUCGACGCCAAGAUCGCUGCGCUGGAUGGCUCGAAGCGCAACGGUCUCUUCGGUUCGUCGAAGGAGGCGAAGGGACAAGUCGCCUUGCCCUCAUGGGACGACUUCCUCGCUGCGAACGAGGGCGCGCUCAAGGCUUGGGUCGCAUCCGACCUGUCGAGCCGCACGGGCAGCGACGCCUUCGUCUCGAAGCAGACCUUCCUCGACCUGCUUCGCCGCGAGAUCAAGUUGCUCAAGCGCGACUUCGAGGCCAAGGCGAACGAAAACUUUGAGCAGAUGGGCCAGGAGAUCCUCGCCAAGGUCGCCAAGCAGGAGGACAUGCGUCGCAAGGAUGCGUCUCUCGCCUCCCACCUCAACCCGUUCGCCCGCCACCACAGUGCGCCCACCGCCGACGGACCCGUCACGAUCAAGUCGUCCGACGGGCAGAACGUCACCGCCAUCAUCUCGUCGCUGGUCGACUCGGCCUUGCUCCGGUACUCGAAGGACGUUCUCGCCCGCCCCGACUACGCCCUGUACACCGCGGGAGGACGGGUCAUUCGGUCUCUCACCUCGCGCACCUACGAGCCACACCCUGUCAGUCGCAGUCGCUCAGUGCUCGCCUGGAUUACCGGAACCUCCGUUCCGCAGGGUCGCUCGCCCGUCACCGCCCUCCACCCAGACCGGACACCCGGCUCAUGCUGGCCUUUCGCGGGCCAACACGGCCAGAUCGGCAUCCAGCUCAGUCGACGCGUGGUGCCGACCGACAUCACGCUCGAGCACAUCUCGCCGGACGUCGCGCUCGACGGAGACGUCUCGUCGGCGCCCAAGGACUUUGAGGUUUGGGGCAUCGUCGACGGCCCACAGAACGUCGCCAAAGUCGCGCAGUUCCGCCUCGAGGAACGCGAGGCGAAGCGCGCAGCUCGUGCGGCCGGUCAAGACCCGCUCGACGACCUCGACGCGAUCGAGAACGAGCCCACUUCGAUCCCGCCCAGCGCCAACCACAUCCUCCUCGCCGUCGGCUCGUACGACCCGUCUGCUCCUUCGCCCGUGCAGUCCUUCCCUGUCACUCCCUCCGCUCGCCGACUCGGCCUCCCUGUCCAGGUCGUCGUCGUCAAGGUCCUCAGCAACCACGGCGAGUCGGCCUACACCUGCCUAUACCGCAUCCGCGUCAGCGGUCAGACCGAGUCGCAGCUGCUCGACGGCAGCGCCUAG